UUUGACGCUUGCAGUAAUUUUUAUUUUUGUGGUUAGUGGUAAAUUAAGUGUUCAUAAAACAUAACUGAUAAGUACAACUCCAAACAUCAGAGCACUUUAUGUCAGAAAUAACGAAAAACAACAGAAAUAAGUGCUUUUGUUGAAAAGCUUUAUAGGUUAAUUGUAUUGUGGUAUUAUACAUUGGCAAGAUGUCGAAGUCUGGCGAAAAUGACAAGUCGCUUUCACGGUCACCAAAGUCAAUAUCCGUGGAUUUGUCCGUAGGCAUUGGUAAUUCGUUAAUCGAUGAAGAAAGAAAUGGAAAUGAAAUGGAUAAAUUAGAUUGUAGACGUCGUGCAUCUACCGAUAUGGAUUCCGUAGGCAUAAGUGUUCCGUCCACAGUUGAGGUAAAGGAGCCAAACUUGAUAAAAAAUUAUUCAACAUCCAAGGAACAAGCUGAUAAUAGCAUUGUUGAUGAUUCCUCCUGCCAUAAUGUUUCUAAAACACCAAUGAAUGCAAGUUUGCCAAACGGGGUCUCCAAUCAUGCUUUAUCCCCAUCCAGUUUUGUAUACAAACCAUAUGAUUAUACUCUUCAUGGCCUAACAGAUUUCGAAUCAACUAUUUGUUCUGUGGGGAAGGACUACUCAGAACUAACAAGCUGUACUUCCUUUAUUAAUAAUCAAAAUGAUACUUUUGAUUCAAUCAAAACUCCUGAUACUUCCCUAUUAGAAAAUAGGGCAACUAGCCUAGGUAAAGCUGACGAUGUUAUUGACAUCUUUUCCUCCACAAUGAGAAACCCAGAGGAAAUGAUUUCGUUAUUUCCAGCGGAUGAUUCUGGAAUAAGUAAUAAGUCUAGGGCAGAAACCACAGAUUCUGUAAAAGAAAAUAAUGGCCAAAGCGUAAUAGAGAAUUAUGAAGACAACCCUGAAGAAUCUAAGAAAAGCUCUGAUAAGAAAAACUGUAACGAUACAUUGUUGGAGUACUUAAUGGAGGUUACUGAGUUUUCCGAAAAUAUUCCUUCACAAUCCCAGAGAAGUGUGUUUCGACAGAAAGCCAGUUCCACAGAUUCAGUUGUUAUUAAAACAUUAAAAAAUCGUAAUCUCCAAAAACAUAAAGAAAAUCUUCAAAAUAAUUUUGAAGAAAUGGGGAGCACCGUUGAUAAGGAGAGAAUCCAACCAAGCCAUCUUUUGGAGUCUGGUAAUUUAUCUAAAGAUACCACUUUAGAAAUUCAGCGAGAUAACAAGGCCUUAGAUGUAAAAGGCCCAAAGAUCAAUGCUGAAGAAUUAAGUAAAUCCGUUGGCAAAGGAACAAUUAAUGUUACACUUGAACCAGGUGAGUUAUCUGAAGAUACCAAUUUGGAGGAGCAGCAAAAACAGCCUGCGCACAGGAUAUCAGAUGUGGAAGACGGCGAAAUAUCCGGCGAAGAAAAUGAGGACCCAAAUGAUUCUUCCAAGGAAAUGAGAGUUUGUCAAUCUAUAGAACAAGAAUCGAGCAAGCUAAAAAAGUGUGGGGAGUUUGGCGAGAACACCAUUUCGGAGGCGCAGAACGAUUGUUUAAGAUCCCCUGAUAUGGAAGAUGGAGAGGUAUCCGGCGACGAUGAUGAUUAUAAUGUACCGACUGGAGACCACGAAAAAGACGAUAGCGUUAUUCCAAUCUGCCGCUUCCACAUCCGCAACGCUUGCUAUUGGGGAAGCAAUUGUCGAUUUCGUCAUCCGAAGAUAACCAACAACAAGGGCAACUAUGAGAUGUUUGAAAAAAAGGUUCUUCCAGGAACCGUAACAAUUCCCCCAGUAUGGCGUUCUUUUACCGCACCACGUGCUGACACCUACCAAACUUCGCAAGCCGAUAAAGUAACGUGGCGACUUGGUAUCCCGACAAAAGCGGACUUAAACGACAUGGACAACGACCCCUACUACACGCCGGAGGGGCACCAGCGUGCUCCCCUUCUGCCGACGCCCACAUUCGAUGAACUACUGAUGGCGCAAAAAAAUCAAAACCGGAAAGUCCGCCAACCGCCAAUGCCUUCGAGACCAAGACUAAUAACCUGGGAGAGUCGACUGAGCAUCAGCUCACCAUCUCCUAGUCCCAGCGUCUCACCGAGUCGGUUGUCCGAAGCUACACGAUCGACUUUACAGACAACAUCAGCGUCCAGACACUCUAUCAAACGAGCCCGUUCUCCAAGUCCUCUGAGAUCAGUUGUCAACAUAAUUCGAGGGCCCCGAACUCCAUCCUGCAGCCCACCAAGGCGUGUCAGUGCCAUCGUACGCCCUGAACCAAAGCCGCAAUAUCUCAGCAACAACAGCGACGAUUGCAGUGACUCCUCCGAGUCGACAAGCUACGAAUCCACCACCGAAAGCUCCGAUGAAAUCUCUUCUUCCUCAGAAUCGGAUGCCAGGGAAGCAUGCUCUAAGCGCGCUUGGAAAGCAAGCACAUCUUCCUCAAGGUCCUCAGAAAAACAUGCAUCAAUAAAUGAAGGAGCAUCGUCAUCAAAAAGGGCAGAAAGGCGACGAUCAAGAUCUUCUACAUCUAAAAGUCGAAAAAAAUCGCACACACAAACUCCACCAAAAUCGUCGACAAAAACUCCAACGAGAAAUCCUUUAAAGGUGAUGCCCAAUGCACCAAAAAAGCCUCGGAACGCAGAGGAUUCUUCUUACAGUACCAAAAAGAAAAUGACCCGACAGGAAUAUUUACUAAUGCAACUUUUGCGCGUGGAGGAGCAAAUCGCCAAAAAGAAACAGAAGCGCUUGAAAGCUUCCAAAAUAUAAUGUUUCUUGUUGAUUACAUCAUUCAGCUAAUAAAAGAUAUUUCAUUUCAUGUUGUUAAA